AUGGACGAACCGUUGGGGUUGUGGAAUCAUAUUUGGCGAAAGGAUGGGAAAUGCCCGAAGAACACCGUUCCAAUCAUACGGCAGACAAGAGAAGAUUUGUUAAGAGAAGUUUCCAUUAAGAAGAAGAAGCGGCUUCCACCACAAAACAUAUCUUAUGCUGCCGAUGAUCUAAGCGAACAUGAGUGGGCAAUACUACGCAAUUGGGGUCCACUUGUUGGAGGAAAGGUGCGCAUAGCAGUAUGGAAACCCUAUGUCGAGUGGGGCAGAGACGAAUUCAGCUUAGCUCAGAUGUGGGCCGUGAGUGAGGAUCAUGCCAAUGGUGUCAGCACCUUGGAAGCUGGCUGGCAGGUGUACCCGUAUGGGUUUGGAGAUACAGAGCCACAUUUCUUCAUAUUUUGGACAGAUGAUUCAUACAAUCAAACGGGCUGCUACAAUGCUAAUUGUCCCGGAUUUGUCCUAACGAACAGAGAGUUCGUCAUAGGUGCUGUCAUGAGCCCCAUAUCUAUCUAUGAUGGUGAUCAACAAGAAUUCAUACUCCAAAUCUCAAGGAAAUAG